AUGACUCAGCUAGCUACUAUUUACGAGGAUCCUAGAGAGGAAUGGGCAGAUAACGAGGUCCAUCGGCACUACAACAUGCCUAUGGUAGCCGUUCGAGCCAAACCUCGCAUCCAGAUGCGCUGCAACGUAUACCGCGACAAUGCCUCGCUUCUAAAGGUAAAUCUCAGUAUCGACAAAUGGGUUAAUACCGAAUAUUUCAUCUGGGAGAUGUCCGCAGGGUUAGCUAAUAGCGGCGUAAGCCCACAGUGGAAGGAGUUAUUCGAAGAAAAAUAUAAGGAAAAGUGGGUGCAGAUCCAGAACGAGUUCGAGGGUAUAGCCGAUCUGCCCGAGAGAUUCCUUCACAAGGUUCCGGCCCCGCCCUUUCAGGUAGCAGAGGUGAGAAUCAAGACUAAGAAAGAUCCAUGUUAUUGGAGGCUCCGUGCUAAUACCGGCCGUCACAUGGUUGACACGAGCUUCUGGUAUCUUUGGAAGUUGAUUCUCCAGCAGAACUCGCCCGUCGUCGGUACCUUUGACGUUAUUCUCAGAGCACCCUCGCACACUCCUGCCGGGGAGGUUCCUAUCGCUCCUUGGGAUGUGCCCCUAUCAGAUGGAUCACACUGGUGUUAUCAGGAAGAUGUUUCCUAUCCUGGCUGCGAACGCGCACGCAAGAAUCUCGCUCCAUUGGAUUUCACGUGCCUCCGGCAAGGAGUACAGCGAGAUGAUAUCCCUCUAGCUAGGCGCGGCCGAUCACGCUCUACCUCAGCUACUGUGGACCUAUCGCAACGCAGGCGAGCUCGUACUUUCUAUGAUUGA